AUGUCAAAUCUUAGUGAAUCAAUCGAUGAGGAAAAAAAAAUAGAGUCGUCACACGAGUUGCAAAAAAACUCAAUUGAUUCUAUUUCCGUAAGGCAAGAGUCAAAGAACCAAGAUGGAGAUGAGAUUUAUCUUGAUGAUUUCGAUGACGAGGAUUUAAAACCUACAAAUUGGGUCGAUAAGAUUGGAUUAAGAAUUAAUGCCGAAAUUAGAGGUAUUCAAAGAGUUCCAGAGAGUAAAAGAUUUGAUAAAUCAUUAUUAUCGCCAUUUGCUAUAUUCUUAUCACCUAAUAUGUCAAUAUCAGGACUUGCCACUGGUGUAUGUUCAAAAUAUUUCAAUUUGUCUUUUCUUAACUAACUCGAUUUCAGGCCUUGGGUCCAACUGCUUUUGGUUUGGAUUUUAGAACUUGUAUUAUAUGUAUGGUUUUUUUUUAUAUUAUUGGUGCUUUGCCAGUUGGUUUUUAUGCUUCAUUUGGUAUGAGAUUUGGAUUAAGACAACAAAUAUUGAGUCGUUAUUUUACUGGUAAUAUCAUGGGUAGAAUAUUUGCAAUUUUCAAUGUUAUUUCAUGUGUUUGUUGGAAUGCAAUUAAUGUUAUACCUUGUGCUCAAUUAUUGAAUUCAAUUAAUCAUAACUUCCCACCUGCUGUUGGUUUAGUUGUUUUAGUUUUAGCAACUUGUAUAUUAGCAUUUUUUGGUUAUAAAACUGUUCAUUUAUAUGAAAGAUGGGCUUGGUUACCUUGUUUCAUUAUUUAUAUGAUUAUUAUUGGAAGAUUUACUCAAACUCAUGCUUUUAAUUGGGGUGAAAUGAAAAGUGGUAAACAAGAAGCAGGUAAUGUUUUAAGUUUUAUUGCAGUUUUAAUUGGUACAAGUUUAGGUUGGUGUCCAUCAGCAGCAGAUUAUACAAUUAAUAUGCCAUCAAAUACAAAUCCAUAUAAAGUUGCCAUUGCUAUGAUCUCAGGUUUAUCAUUACCAUUAAUUUUUACAGGUAUACUAGGAGCUGCAGUUGCAACUUCAACAAAUAUUGAAGGCUCGAGAUUCCAAACUGCUUAUAAUGAAAAUUCAAUUGGUGGAUUAGUCUAUGAAAUACUUUGCGGUGAUAAUCAUAAUAACGGGUAUAGAUUCAUAAUUGUUAUAUUUGCAUUAAGUGGAAUCGCAAAUAAUUUACCCGGUUCAUAUUCGUUAUCAAUUGCAAUUCAGUGUGUUUGGAGUAAAUUUGCAAAAGUGCCAAGAUUGAUAUGGUGUAUUUUGGGUAAUUUAGCAUCAUUAGCAUUUUCAAUACCUGCUUAUUAUUACUUUGAAGAAGCAAUGACUAAUUUUUUAUCUAUUAUUGGUUAUAAUGUUUCAAUUUAUGUUGGGUUAACAUUAGCUGAACAUUUUAUAUAUAGAAAGGGCUACAAGGGAUACAAUCCAAGUGAUUAUAACGAUAAAAAGACAUUACCUGUUGGUAUUUCAGGUAUAGUUGGUUUUUGUUUCGGUAUUUGUUCAACUGUAUUAUCAAUGAAUCAAACUUGGUAUACUGGUGUAAUAGCUAGAAAAUUUGGAGAAGCAGGUGGAGAUAUAUCAUGUGAAUUAAACAUAAUAUUUGCAUUUAUAGGUUAUAAUUUAGUUAGACCAUUUGAGAAGAAAUACUUUGGUCGUUAA